UGAACCUCUUUCUUCCAUUUUCUUCUACCGAGUGUCGGGUGACCGAGACCCGACCCAUUUAGAAAUCGGGUUUCAAAUGCAUCUUUGAAAGGACGCAAAGAGUCAGUGAAGUCAUAAGUUGAAACACGAAACAUCGCGGCUUUUGCAUCGAUGGCGGAUCUGAAGACUGAUACUUUGCGCACCUACGCUUACAUUCUUCUCUACAUUGCUCUCUCCAGUGGCCAAAUCUUCUUCAACAAGUGGGUUUUGUCCUCUAAGGAAAUUAACUUCCCCUAUCCUUUGGGGUUGACUCUACUUCACAUGGUCUUCUCCUCCGUUCUUUGUUUUUCGUUAACCAAGAUUCUGAAGGUUAUGAAGGUUGAUCAGGGAAUGACUCCUGAAGUAUAUGUUACUUCCGUAGUGCCAAUUGGGGCCAUGUUUGCGAUGACUCUUUGGCUGGGAAAUACUGCCUACCUGUACAUUUCUGUUGCUUUUGCACAAAUGCUGAAGGCAGUUAUGCCUGUAGCUGUUUUUGUGCUUGGAGUAGCUGUAGGACUUGAAGUAAUGAGCUGUAAAAUGCUAUUAAUCAUGUCAGUGAUUAGUUUUGGCGUCCUAGUUGCUUCUUAUGGAGAGAUAAACAUAAACUGGGUUGGAGUAGUUUACCAAAUGGGAGGUGUUGUUGGUGAAGCUCUGAGACUUAUCUUCAUGGAGAUUUUUGUUAAGAGGAAAGGUCUUAAGUUGAACCCUAUAUCCGUGAUGUAUUAUGUUAGUCCCUGCAGUGCAAUUUGUUUAUUCCUUCCAUGGAUAUUUCUGGAGAAAUCGAAGAUGGAUGAACAUGGACCAUGGACCUUCCCUCCUCUUUUGCUCAUCCUCAACUGCCUUUGUACUUUUGCUCUAAACUUAUCAGUUUUCCUUGUUAUUACACAUACAAGUGCUUUAACCAUUCGUGUUGCCGGAGUUGUCAAGGAUUGGGUGGUUGUCUUAGUGUCUGCUGUUCUGUUUGCCGAUACAAAGUUAACAAUUAUCAAUUUGGUUGGUUAUGCUAUUGCCAUUGCAGGGGUAGCAGCAUAUAAUAAUUACAAGUUGAAAAACGAAGCCUCUCGAGCUACCUCAAAUGACUCCGACCCUGAAUCUUCCCAAAGUCAAGAGUCUCAACCUUUAACAAGUAGAUAGCUGCAGUCUUUAACACGAGUUGUCCAUGCCUUAUUCAGAAGUUGACGAGACUUGUAGUAGUUUUUACAUAAUCUAGCAAGAGGGCAUCAAAUGUUCAUGUAGCAGAUAGAAGUAUACGCAAGCAUUCUUUGUUCAAUCUUAUAACAAUUUCAGCUAAAUUUAGAUCGGGGGAAGCACUGUGGUGAUCCAAUUUAGUACAUGAAGAUGUAAAAUAAUAACUUCAUCCUUUAAAAAAGAGGUGCUUGGCCAUGGCAUUUGAUUUUUGAGGAAUUUGAGGUUAUUCGAAUUUCACAAUAUUUAUUUGUUUGUAGCAAUUUCCAUUCAAUCUUAGCGAUUCAAUAUUUCAAGUUGAAUAUCAAAGAUUAAAAGCCCCAACACCCACUAUUUAUUAUUAUUGGACAAUGGUCGGAACAGCGGCAUAUAGACUAGUUUGUUAGACAGAUGAAAACUUGUAAAAGUAAUUUGUUUAUCUAAAAUGUAUUGAUAUCAUUCGACAUUGAGACAUUGUUUUAGUGUUGGGAAUAUUUGAUCCUAUGUAAUUUCUUUUAUUUGCA